AUGAUGAUCGCCGAGACGGAGGUGGUGGCACUGCUGAUGGCCCACGAGGCGUCGGUGAACCUGGCCGACCACCGCGGCUCGACGCCGCUCCACCUGGCCGCCUGGACCGGCAACGUGGAGGUGGUGCGCACGCUCAUCACGCACGGACCAGGCAUCGCCAACGUCGACUGCGUGAACAAGGACCACGAGACGCCGCUGCACUCGGCCUGCCAGUACGGCCACACGCCGGUGGUGCGGCUGCUGCUGGAGCACUGCUGCGACGCGGCCGUGCCCAACUGCCGCGGCGAGACGCCGCUCGACCUGGCCGCCCAGUACGGCCGGCUGGAGGCCGUCGAGCUGCUGGUGCGCGUGCGACACUCGCUGCUGGAGCCGUACCGGCCGGGCACCGCGGCCGGCGACGACCGGCUGCCGCACACGCCGCUCCACUCAGCCGCCAUGAACGGCCACAGGCUGAGCCGGCGCCAGGCGCCACUCUGGCUGGCGGCCACGCGCGAGGCGAGGUUCGUGCUGACACCGUGA